GGAAUGAGACAGCCGUAUAAGUCUAUAAGAGAAAACUAUUUGACAUUCGGUGCCAAAGAUAAGUUCCAUUCAAUUGACAAAAAAAAAAAACAAAGUCUUCUCCGAAGAAUAGAUGAAAAUAUAAUUAUAAUAUCGAGCAACAGAGCCAUACAAAUUUUUGGUUAUAUAAAUUUGGCCGCAGUGUGAAAUUUCAUAAAUAAACGAAAGCGUCGAUUUUGUGAAAAGAAAAAAAAAAAUUCAAUGAAGGAAUUGAACGAUAUUCAGCCGUCAACGUCAUCCACAGACGCAAAUUGCCAUUCGAAAAAUGAAAGCAAUAAUCGGAAACGUCGCGCAUCGAGCACGCCUGAAACAGAUUCAUCGGCCAAGAGAUUUAUCGCCCAGGAAGAAGAUGACGGCAUAUUCAAAUUGCUCGAUUUCACCGACGAAGUGCUAUUGGAAAUUUUACAACAUUGUGAUUGCACCACAUUAUAUGCACUUUCGAAGACGUGCACGCGUUUUUUGACAUUGAUUCAAGACCGUCGUCUAUGGAAGACCUUUGAUUUUGCCACAAAACGAUUGAUGGGCCGACGAAUAAAGAAACUGUUGUCCACAUUACAAGUUGGCGAUAUAAAAGAGUUUAAUGUGCGUGGCUUUGUUUCAAAGUGCCCAUCGGAAAAAUGGAAGAACAAUACAAUCACGCUAAAUAUUUUACGAAAACUGUCUUCCUCUUGUCCAUGCCUUGAAAAAAUCGAAUUGCGAGAAUGUUACAUCAAUUUUCGAAAGGUAAAAAUUUCGGACUUUCCACGGUUACUGAAAUGCUUGAAAUUCCAUGGCUGCCAAAUUUCAUUGCCCCGUUCGCCACGUUUAUUCACUAAAAUCGAUGAUUAUCUACAAUUGUUAGAGGAAAUAGCGCUGGAAAAAUGUUCGUGGUUUGAAACACAUGAUCUCGUUGUUUUCUCCAAAUUGCCACAUUUGAAGCGGCUUAGUUUGCGUGGUUGUCCCACACUCAAAGGAUGCGUUCCAUAUGGGAGCAUUGCCACACGUUUCGGAUUCAAAUGCUUAGAGUUUUUGGAUGUUCGUGAUACACCAAUAUCAGACAGCGAUAUUCAAUGCUUCAACAUAACAACGACACUGCGUGAAAUUCUAAUGGAUUGUCCCGUUGAAUUUCGUGACAUAACAACGUCUGAUACUGAUGACAGCGAAUCAUUUGAACCAAAAUCCUACAUCGACGAUGUGUCGAAAGAAACACAUUCAAACAAAGAAAAGCAUUUCAAUUUGAGCAGUGGCAGCAAUAGUAACAGCAAUAGUAACAGCAACAGCAACAGCAAUAGUUGCGCAAGUAGUAGUAGCAGCAGCAAGGAUACGGUAUCGGAACCACAACAAGAACAAAAAUCACAACAAGAUGAAAAUAGCGUUUCAAUUUCGGAUACGGAAGAGUCUGAUUCAGAUGACGAUUCAGUUUGCAGCACAGACAGCGAAAAUAAUAGCAGCGACGAUGACGAGAAUGGCGGUGAUAAGGUGAGCGGUGGAAAUGCUGAUGCCAAUCAACCACAUCAGGCACAUUGUAUUCAAGUGAUAUUACAAAAUGGCCGAAUGGUUAAUGUUAAUGCCGAACGUUCAAAUGACUUUGAUAAUCCAUUGCGAGAAACGAAUGGACUACGUUGUGUCAUUGGAAUUAUUAACGGAAGAGAUUCAAAUGAUCCAACACAUCGGGUCUUUGCCGCACCAUUUCGGUACCAAAGACAACAACAGCCAGAGCAAAAUCAACCACAACAGCAGCAACAAGAACAAGAACAACAACCACAACAAUCCGAACAACCACAACAAUCCGAACAACCACAGCCAAGCAGUAGCAGUAGUAGUAGCUCCACCAAUCACGACCAACCCGAACAAAAUGAAACAAUCAAUGCACAAAUUUCGGCCGAUCCAUUUCCAGUUACUGAAUCCAAAAAUCAGAAUGACGAACAAUCAAAGACGCCGGAAAAUGAAAAUGAAUAUUCCACAAGCACAAAUAAAAAUGAUGACAGUGAUGGUGGUGGUGGUAGUGCAAAUCAACCAGGAACGUCAGGCCUUCAAACAAAUCAAAAUGAUUCUACAAAUGCAUCCAAAUCAAAUUCACAUGCAACUAUACCAUCCAAUGAUAAUGCUGUAAACAUAAAUGACGAUCAAGCGGCUGGUCCAUCAAAUCGCCAGCCAUCGGCCAACAAACCGACGCCAGCAAAUCAGCGACUGAUUAUUGUUCAGCAUCGUCGUUCGCAAAACAACGACGAAAAUGGAAAUAUGAAUAGACAAAUUUCGUGGGAAGUGCGUAAUUUAUCACCACUUCGAUACCAAAAGCCAAUGUUUAAUGGUUAUUAUAUAACAGACCGAGGAAUGUGCAGUUUUGGUAUGCCAAGACGAAGCGUUCAAGAGGGUAUCAUUUGGAUUCGAGCCGAACGCCGUGCACCAGACACUUUAUUGGAACGCAUUACAGUUCGUAAUUAUUUGGAUGUUACCGAUGUUACAUUACGCCAUUUAGCCCUUUGCGCACCAAAUCUACGAUAUCUUGAUGUAACCGGAACAUCGGUCACUUUGAAGGGUAUCAAUCAAUUUUUGAAAGAGAAACCUGAAUGUCAAGUCAUUUCGGACUUUUCGGAAUUGAUGGAUACAUAGUUUUGAGUCAUAAACACACAACAGCAACAGGGAGCUAUGCAACGGAAUUUUUACCAUUUAAAAUAAAAAAAAAAUUAAAAGAAAAAAAACAACAACAACAAAAUGUACAAUCGAUAAAUGUUACGAAAGUACGAAAGAAACUAAAAAGAAUCAAAAGCUCAAUAGAAAUUUAUGUACCAUAUAAAAAUAAUAAUAAUAAUAGCAUGAUAAUUUUAAUGUGUUCUGUAUGAACGAUAAACAAUGGACUAGCUUCCAUCAAUGAUAAUUACUGAAAAAAAAAACAAAAACAAAAAAUCCAAGCAAACCUUAACGAUAAACACUUAGCAUCCGAUAUAUAAAUAUUUCUAAAGUUAUGGCAUACACGAACGAUGCAGAUAUUCAGGUGGGAUAAGUAAGAGGCAGAAGUUAGGAUAGAUGUUUAAAAGGAAGUUAGAUAGACGUUCAUUUUCAUAUAUUUUCUUCUCAAAACAUAUAGUAUGCGAUGUGAAUUUUGCAUUGUAUUUAGAAUCGUAAAUAAAACCAGAAAAAUUUGAAUAAAUCGCAAA